AUGGCUGACAGGUUUACCGAUUGGCGUCCCUACGGUUUAGAUCCAGCCAGUCUGGCUGACGAAGGGCUUCUCGAGGCUGCAGAGGAUGGAGAUAUAGAGAGUUUACAGGAACUGCUGACUGUCGGGGAGUGCGACAUCAAUUUCCAGAGCGAGGAAGGGAGAACACCACUUCACUUGGCUGCCUUUAAAGGUCACACACAAUGUGUCCAGCUUCUCCUUCAACACGGAGCAGACACCAAUAUACAGUGUAAGCCUGAAUUCGGUUACAUCAUGUGGCGCGACGCCCCAAAAAAUGCCGUGCAUCUACAGGAUGGCAGUACACCUCUUCACUGGGCUGCCCUUGGCAGUGGCACACAAUGUGUCCAGCUUCUCCUUCAACACGGGGCAGAUACCAGUAUACAGGAUAUGGGUGGAAGUACACCACUUCACAUAGCAGCUCGUUUCGGUAACACACAAUGUGUCCAGCUUUUCCUCCAACACGGGGCGGAUACCAAUAUACAGGAUAAGGGUGGAAGUACACCACUUCACUUGGAAGCUCGUUUCGGCAACACACAAUGUGUCCAGCUUUUCCUCCAACACGGUACGGAUACCAGUAUACAGGAUGAGGACGGGAAAACACCACUUCACUUGGCUGCCCUUGAAGGCCAGACUCUAUGUGUCCAGCUUCUCCUCCAACACGGGGCGGAUACCAAUAUACAUGAUCAGGGUGGGAAUACACCACUUCACUGGGCUGCCCGUGACGGCCGCACACAAUGUGUCCAGCUUCUCCUCCAACACGGGGCGGAUACCAAUAUAGAGGAUAAGAAUGGAUGGACACCACUUCACACGGCUGCCGUUUUCGGCCACGCGGAAUGGGUCCAGCUUCUCCUCCAACACGGGGCAGAUACCAGUAUACAGGAUAAGUAUGGAUGGACACCACUUCACCAGGCUGUCCGUUUCGACAACACAGAAUGUGUCCGGCUUCUCCUCAAACACGGGGCGGAUGCAAGUAUACAGGAUGAGAAAGGGAAUACACCACUUCACUUGGCUGUCCGUGACAACCGCACACAAUGUGUCAAGCUUCUCCUUCAACACAAGGCGGAUACCAGUAUACAGGAUGAGCAUGGAAAAACACCACUUCACAGGGCUGCCCUUGGCAGUCGCACACAAUGUUUCCAGCUUCUCCUCCAACACAGGGCGGAUACCAGUAUGCAGGAUAAGGAAGGGCAUACACCAUUUCAUUUGGCUGCCCGUGACGGCCACACGCAAAUUGUCCAGCUUUUACUCCAACACGGGGCAGAUACCAGCAUACAGGAUAAGGACGGGAAAACACCACUUCACUUGGCUGCCUUUAAAGGCCAGACACAAUGUGUCCAGCUUCUCCUCCAACACGGGGCGGAUACCAAUAUACAUGAUCAGUGCGAUCGUACACCACUUUUCUUGGCUGCCUUGACAGGCAACACGAAAUCUGUCCAGCUUCUCCUCCAACACGGGGCGGAUAUCAGUAGACAGGAUAAGAAUGGGUAUACACCACUUCACCUUGCUGCCCGUGACGGCUAUACAGAAUGUGUCCAGCUUCUCCUCCAACACGGGGCAGAUGCCAGUAUACAGAAUAAUGAGAAAAAUACACCUAGAAUGCUGGCAGAGAAGGAAAAACACACCGCCAUAGCAGAACAGUUGAGACGUUUAGAAAUACCAGAUAUACAGGGGUAUGCACAGACAAGGACUUUGGAGCAUCUUGCUGAAAUAUUAGAUCUUGCUGAAUAUACCAUCAUUAACCAGACCAAACUGAGCUCAAACUUCCCUGGUGUCGCUCAGUUCCAAAAAGUUCAAGAACUAAAAGAUUGGGCUACCAAGAAUAAUUGUAUAAAUAUUAAUGGCCUAAUGGCUGAACUACAGGCUGCAAGCCUUUCACGACUUUCUAGUGCGACUGUGGACCAUUAUGCUGAAGAGGUAACAAAAAUAUUAAGCUUGAAGUCCGAUGAAUUUGAAGAACUCUGUAAAACUCUGGUUACUGCGAGGGACACGGACAUAUCCGAUACAACAACCAUUAACCAGCGAGAAAUAAAUUCUUCAAAUGAGCUUUGUUGCUACGACGCAUUCAUUGCCCACAGUGGUGAAGACAAGGAUGUCGUAGAACCAGUCAUGCAGCAACUAGAGGAACGAGGAGUCCGGUGUUGCUAUGGUAGACGUGACUUCCACGCAGGGAGGUCUGUCAUUGAGUCUAUGGGAGAAGCGGUUUAUGGAUCAAAGUUCACCAUUGUGUUCCUGUCCAGGAGCUUUAUGGAAAGUCCGUUUUGCGUAAAGGAGAGAGACCUUGCCAUGUUUAAAGCUAUAGAAUCAAGUGAAGAUGCAGUCAUUCCGGUCAUAAUGGAUAUCUCUCCACAACAAAUCCCUAAGGAGUUAAAACUGCUGAAAUACAUCCGAAUAAAAGACGAAGAGUUGGUCCAAAAGUUGUUUCAGGCCAUUAAAGGUCCGACAGAGUCUCCAACCUACGGGGAACUUCGGAAUGAGCUUCAGGAUGCACGUGAACAAAUCGCGUUUCUACGAGACGAGAACAGAGAGCUGAAGGCAAAACUCCGCACACAGUGUCAAUAA